GGCUGCCGCCUGGUUGCUGCUGUGUCUCUGGCCGCCUGUGUGGGCCCGGUGUCCUCCCUGUAUUUCCAUAUCGGGGAGACCGAGAAGAAAUGUUUCAUUGAGGAGAUUCCUGACGAGACUAUGGUGAUAGGUAAUUACCGCACGCAGCUGUAUGACAAACAGAGGGAAGAGUAUUUGCCUGCAACACCCGGGCUUGGCAUGUUAGUAGAGGUGAAGGAUCCUGAUGAUAAGGUUAUUCUGUCUCGUCAGUAUGGCUCAGAGGGGCGCUUCAUCUUUACAUCGCACACUCCAGGAGAGCAUCAGAUAUGCCUGCAUUCUAACUCGACUAAAUUUUCCCUCUUUGCCGGUGGCAUGCUGAGGGUUCACCUUGACAUCCAGGUUGGGGAACAUACCAAUGAUUAUGCCCAGAUUGCUGCCAAGGACAAAUUAAGCGAGCUACAGUUACGUGUACGACAACUGAUAGAGCAAGUGGAACAGAUUCAAAAGGAGCAAAAUUACCAAAGGUGGCGGGAGGAAAGGUUCCGUCAGACCAGUGAAAGCACUAACCAGCGUGUUCUGUGGUGGUCUAUUGCCCAGACUCUGAUACUUGUGGCCAUUGGAAUUUGGCAGAUGAGGCAUCUUAAAGGUUUCUUUGAAGCAAAGAAACUGGUGUAA